UGGCCGCCUUGCGGACCAUGCGGGCUCCCAACACGUGGCAAAAGCUGGCGCCGUUCACCCUCUAUCUUCGGCCACAUGUUCCUUGAGUUCCUGCAUUCCGCGAACCGCCUCUACCAUUUCGAACAUCUUAAAGACCUCAAAGGGAAAAAAAUCUACAUUCAUCGAGUCAAAGAGGGAAAGAAUAGAAGAAGAAAAUGAGAAGCAUGAAGGUAUUGUAUGUGGUGGUUGCAUGUGUGGUCAUGUGUGUAGGAAUGUGCAGGGGUUGGAGUGAUGUUGAUGUUGUUGUUAUUGAAGACGCUAGAGCCACAGCAGAGGAUGCCAAGCGUUUUGCUCAAGAUGCAUUCUACGAUGCCAAGGAAAAGACCGGUUCUCUCGCUGAUUGGGCUCACCACAAGUUCUCUGAAAAUUGGUCAGAAAAUGAUCUUGGACAAGUGGCUAAUGACAUGAAGUAUAAAGCUGAAGAUGCUGCCUCGAGGGCCACAGAGUCAUUCAAAUCUGCAGCAUCCGGAGCUUCAGAGUAUGCAUCUCAAAGGGUAGCAGAUGCUAGGGAAGCAGUUUCAGGAGCCAUGGGGUAUGGAAGGGAAAAUGCUGGCCAGGCUUAUGAUGGAGAGGGCGAAAUCAUCAGAAUGCCAACAGAUAGAGAAACUGAUGCACAAAUCAUGAUGCAAGAAGCCAUGGGUAAUGCCAGAGAAAGAAUUUCAGAUACCUAUGAGAAUGCUAAGGAGACGAUGUACUCCGCGUCGGACAAGGCUUCAACCAUGGCACAAAAUGCUAAAGAUAACAUGGCCGAGUCCAUGAGUUACGGAAGAGAGAGAGCAGCCAAUGCUUAUGAGGAGGGUAAGCAGAAAAUGAACAUGGCUUCGGAUAUGAUGUCAGAAAAAUUGUAUGAUGCCAAGGACUCAAUGGGUGGGGCAGUGGAAUAUGCCAAGGACAAAGCAAACAAUGCUUAUGAUGGAACCAGAGAAAGAAUGAAGAUGGCUUCACAGAGAACCUAUGAUGUAAAGAAUAAAGUAAAAGGAGCAAUGGAGUAUGGAAGAGAUAACGUAGGCGAUGCCUAUGAUGGAGCCAAGGAGCAAAUGAACAUGGUUGGAGAUAGGGCCUAUGAUGCUAGAGACAAGAUGGGUGGGGCAAUGGAAUAUGGAAGACAAAAAAUGGCAGAAACUUUUGACCAAGCUAAGCAAGAAGUUGGUCAGGCAUACCAGUCAGCAAAGGACACCAUGUCCAGGGAGGCCAAGGAUCGUUACGAAGCUGCCAAGGAGAAAGUUUCAGAUGCCACAGCGAAUCUUGGAGCUUCCAUGAGGAACACCCCAUAUCUAUGAGGGUAUGUUAAGUUCCCUACAUACAAAUAUAAGAAUGUGUCUUUCAGUUAGUCUUUUGUCUUUUUCUGCAAAGCUAUCGAGUACUAUUUUCUUCUUGUAAUGUGUUUGUUUUGUUAAGAGAUGCAAAAGCACUUGUGAAACUCUUUCCUUAUGAAAAUGGGAACACAAGUCAUGUGUUCUUGUCCCUAAUGGUAGGAGAUGUAUUUGUGUAGAUUCACACGGGUUUUGCACUUUGCAGCCCACUAUAGGCUAUGUAUCUAGACUGAGAUAAUAUUGUGCAGUUAGUGUAUCCUGACUUUGAUUAUGUUGUUGGGACCCUUUAUUAACAUGCGUGAUUUGUCAUAUUUGUUAUAAUGAGAGCAUAAUCAUCAUAUGAACGAUGCAUGGUGUUAUUAGAGGAAAUCCCAUCUCCUGUAACUAUGGUUGUAUUAAUUAUAUUGAUUAGUGGUUUUCCAUAAUUUAUUGGGGGUCCACAAUCCACACCCCUCCAUGAGUCGGCUAUAUAUGUGAUGUACGGACCUGUUUUCAUAAUAUAUCUUAUACAAGUUUUCGAUUCUUGAUAGUUUCAUGGUUAGAUGUUUACUCCCUUAAUUAA